AUGGAUUCCGGAGCGAGUCAAGUCCUGCGGCCGUACCAGCGGCCGCGGGAAGACCUGUCGUUCAUCGCGACGGCGCCGCAUGCGAAUGCUACGUCGGCGUCGGGGGGUGGAUCCGUGUAUGUGCCACGCACGCCGACCAACCGGUACCUCUCGGCAGAUGCGGAUGCGGCGCUGCUGACCAUGCAGUCGAAUAAGACCACGGUCGGCGCGAUGGUCACGGGCAUGCUCGUGAGUGGGGCACUGCAGUACACAAGCACGUGCAUGGCCAUGCCCUUUGAGGUGGGUAAGCUGCUCCUGCAGGUGCAAUGGGUGCCGCGCGAAGAUGUGUGGCAACGGAUGCGUGUGCCGAGCACGUCGCUUCACAAGCGGCGCAAGCGCAGUCAGAGCGAGGUGGAGCAGGAUCCAUGGAGUGAGGCGCCCGUGGAUGAUGAAGACGACGAGCCCAGCAAGUACUUCCGAGACGCCACGGACGACGCGGCCCAUGAGCCCCGCCGACGUGUGGAUGAGGGCGGCUAUGUGGUGCCGGAGCGGCGCGACGACACAAGCACGCGCCCCGAGUUCAUGAUGCCGGUGGUCGUCAAGGGCGGCGUCAUGGAGAUGAUCCGCGCCGUGGUGCGUGGCAAAGAAGGCUGGAUGGGUCUGUGGAAGGGCGCCCUCACAACGUUUCUGCUGGAUCUGUCGACGUUGGUGGUACAGCCGAUUCUGACAGGCAUUCUGUCGAUUUUUGCGCCAUCAGCGCUCAAUCCGAUGCCGAUUGCGUUCUCGCCGCAGCCCAUCAAGACCCUGACGCUGCUCAUGACCACGCGUCUGCUCACGGGCUUUCUCGUAUCGCCUCUUGACCUUGUGCGGACGCGUCUGAUUGCGCAGUCGAUGCUGCCACAGCACCGAAAGUACCAUGGGCCCAUUGACGCGCUGCGCACGAUCCUGCGCGAAGAGGGUGGCUGGCGCACGGCGUACCUGCAUCCGAACCUGCUGAUUCCCACGCUCCUCGACUACUUCUUCCGGCCGCUCUUUUCGCUCGGCGCGCCACUCGUCAUUGAGAAUGUCCUGCAUCUCGAUCCGAGCGCCUUUCCUAUCUCGUAUGCGCUCGCUGAGUUCGUCGUGUCGACGCUCUCGCUUGGCAUCACGCUGCCGAUCGAGACAGCUCGCCGGCGUCUCCAGCUGCAGUACCACGAGCCGCUACGGACCGACCAUGUCGGCGGCCUGUUGUCGGCACCGAAUGCGAACACAGCGCGCCGCGGCCUGCGCACCUGUGUCGAGACACGCCCCGUGCCGUACAGCGGCGUCGCUGAGACGAUAUACCGCAUUCUGACCGAGGAGACGACGACGGCGCCGGGCAAGGUCGCCGCGACGGACGACGGCUCCGACGACGAGGCACCGCCCUUGGCAGCCUAUACACACUCGCGCCUCAGCGGCGUGCGCGGUCUGUAUCGCGGUCUCGGCAUGGGCUUCUCGGCGAAUCUGCUCGUGUUUGUGCUUACGCUCCUGACAGGCGAGCGCCAGACCCAGUCCGGCUGGACCGAGUUGUAG